AUGGCUGCGCCCCCACCACCUCGUGUUGGAAACCUCAAAGUGGUUAAGGAAGAACGACAGGGCCGAGACUUCAUCACUGUCGAACUUCCGAUACACUCGACGCGGUAUCGCAUAAUCGAAGCAUUCAUCCAUUCGUCACUUUGUUUACUCGAAACCACAAAAGGCAGACAGAGCCUGGCCCACGUCGCCGAACGGAUCAUUGAAGAGCGCAACAGGUUGAAUUUGACAUUGUCAAGGUUCCGACAGCACACUCACCUGUACCGGUACCCGCUCAAAGACAUGCCAAUGUGGAUUGACAGGUUCUUGAUCAGCAUGAGAAAUACCUUCCCCCCCGUUUGGGUCUCAACCAGGUGUGAAGGCGAAGCGAUGGCGGUUAAGGACGAUCAAGACUGGGGCGAUGAUAUGAGCACCUUCAUUGCCAGCGACGCCGGCACCCUGUGGUUAAACGAAGUGCUCAUUGACAACAUGACAGAAGCUUUUUCACUGGCUACCCCGGUUGGCCGGGAGAGUUACGAGCUCUUCAAGUUUCAGCUGAUCAUCAGUGUGGCACACGAAAUUGUGCACUUCCUCACCAGCUUCCUUACAGGAAGCUGUGAGCCAAGCACGCCGCCGGGCGUCGAAGCCUUGCCAUACAAGGUGGAUGGAGUUGGGGAGGCUGGGAGGUACUGGGAAGACGUUUUCUUAGGUGGGUUCCUCGAGUGCUGGUCAGAUCCCAAGCACCCUCUAGACCUUCGACAACCCGGCCGGCCAUAUUUAUUUGAGAGUGGGCCGCGGACCACCGCGCGCGGCAUAAAGGUCUGCCCGACAUAUAUUGCAGAGAUUUUGAGCGGACGUGAGUGA